GCGAGGGAAGGAGCCGAGGCAGAUUCAGUCGCCAGCGGAGCCCGAGACGGAUGAGCGGUGCCGAAGGUCUGUGUCCCUCGCGUCGUUUUCCCCAGCAGCAGAAAGCAGCGUCCAGCGGCCCGAAGGCCCCCCCCCCCCUCCAACCACCCCCGACAUGAUGCUCACCCUCGUCCAUCUCCUCGGGCUGCUCGUCUGCGGUUGUCAAGCUGCACUGCAGGUGUCCAUAUCCUUGAACAAAGUGGAGUUGAGUGUCGGAGAGUCCAAGUUCUUCAUCUGCACAGCUAUUGGCGAGCCGGUGAGGCUGGAGUGGUACAACCCCCAGGGCGAGCGCAUCCUGCCCUCCAAGCGGAUGGCGCUCCACACGGAGACGUCGCGAUCCCGCCUCAUCAUAUACAACGCCAUCAUCGAGGAUGCGGGCAUCUACCGCUGCCAGGCCGUCGACGGCGUCGGCCACACGGUGGAGGCUUCGGUGGUGCUGGAGAUCUACCAGAGGCUGACGUUUCGGGACGUCCAGUCGCCGCAGGAGUUCCGCCACGGUGAGACGGCGGAGGUUGUCUGCGACGUCAUUAGCUCACCGGUGCCCGUGGUGGUGUGGUACUACCAGGACAAAGAGAUCACCGAGGAGCACCACAGCAGGCUCCAGGUGCUGCCCAACAACAACCUGCAGAUCCAUCAGGUGACCAAGGCUGACGAGGGCGUGUACCGGUGCGAGGCCAGCGUGGAGGCCCGCGGGGAGAUCGACUUUGUGGACAUCGCCGUGGUGGUCAACGUCCCUCCGGUGUUGUCAGUGUUCCAGCAGUCCUUCAAUGCCACGGCUGACUACCAGGAAUCCGUCACCUUCACCUGCAUGACCUCUGGAUCUCCUGACCCCCAGGUCUCGUGGCACAGGAAAGGGCAGCAGCUGGAGCCCUCCGAGCAGUACAUCAUCAUCCGGCUGGACGGCGGCCGCAGCAUGUUAACCGUGCGCAACAUCCGUCAGGCGGACGGGGGCUCCUACACCUGCAAGGCCACCAACAAGGCGGGAUCUCAGGAGAGGGAGGUCUUCCUCAAAGUGUUCGUCCAGCCCCACAUCACCCAGCUGAAGAACGUGACCGCCGUGGAGGGCAGCGCCGCCAUGAUCUCCUGCGUGGCUGAGGGCGAGCCUCUGCCCGACAUUUCCUGGAGGAGAGCCGGCGAUGGACAGACCUUCGUGGACGGAGACAAGAGUCGGGACGGACGCUUCGAGGUCCGCGGUCGCCACGGCAAGUCGGUGUUGACCAUCAGCGGCGUGAAGCUCCUGGACUUGGGUCGAUUUGACUGCGAGGCCCUGAGCAGGAUUGGAGGUCAUCAGAAGAGCAUGUUCCUGGACAUUGAGUACACACCAAAGUUCCUGAACAACCACACCAUCCAUUACUCGUGGGAGGGGAAUCCAGUGAACAUAAGCUGCGACGUGAUGUCCAACCCUCCGGCCACCAUGCUGUGGAGGAGAGAGCGCCUCACCAUCUCUGCGGAGGGCACGGCCAACACGCGCGUGCACAGCGCCAGCGGCAAGUCCGUGCUGGAGGUGACUCCCAUGUCCGACAGGGACUUUGGCCGCUACAACUGCACAGCCAGGAACAACAUCGGAGUUCGGUACCAGGAGUUCAUCCUGGCCCAGGCCGAUGUUCCAUCCAAUCCGUACUCGGUGCGCCUCUCAGCUGUUUCCCAGCGCCUGGUGACCGUCACCUUCAUGAAGCCCGACUCGCACGGCGGCGUGCCCAUCAGCUACUACCUGGUGCAGUACAAGGAGGCCGGCUCCCAGGAAUGGAGGGACGUCAGGUCCCACAGCAUCCAGACGACCGUGGUGCUGACGGGGCUGGAGCCCAACACGACGUACGAGGUUCGAGUGGCGGCUGUGAACGGGAAGGGUCAAGGAGAGUUCAGCCACAAGGAGAACUUCCAGACGAUUCCCAUCCGGGAGCCGAGCCCGCCGGCGGUCCACGGGCAGAGAGGGAUGGGCAAGGCCUACAGGCUGGGGCUGGUCAAGCAGGACGACGGAGGGAUGCCCAUCGUGGAGUACAUCGUCAAGUACAAGACUGAUAAAGAGGAACAGUGGAUGACCAAGCUGGUGCCCGGGGCCAAUGAUUUUGCGAUGUUGCAGCCGCUGCAGUGGAACACGAGAUACGAAGUGGAAAUCACAGCGCGCAACGUCAAGGGCCUGUCGGAGCCCACCUUCUAUCAGUUCUUCAUGCCCCAGAAACCGGACAUUACAGCAGAAUCCCUGUUCAGCGGCCUGGGGCUGGGGGCGGUGGUGGGCCUCUGCCUGGGAGCGCUGCUGCUGCUGCUGGUGCUGGUGGACAUCAGCUGCUUCUUCCUGCGUCGCUGCGGCCUGCUGAUGUGCAUCACGCGCACGCUGUGCAGCAAGAAGACCGCCACCAGCGGCAAGGGCAAAGAAAUAGAAGAGGGCAAGGCCGCCUACCUGUACACCUACAACAGCCGCCCAACCACCUUUUCAACCACAGAAGCUUCCGUUGAAGGAAGAAAAUGGGAAAGAGUCUCUCAAGCCGGAUACGAUUGAAAUCAAAGUGCACGGCGACAACAGCAUCCACACAAAGGUCGACGACAGCAAAGAGUAAAAGGGUUCACAUCGCCACCAAAAGAACAUUUCGGAUCACCAAAACCCAGAGAAACUACAGCACUUGAAAAUAGUGGAGUAAAAAACCAUAUCAGUUUAUAACAAUGCCCCAGUGUCAGGCGUGUGUAAAUAAAAAUAACAAAGAGAAAGAGAAAGGGUCUACCUUUUAGACACAUGUAUCAUGAUCUGAACAAACAUGGCAUCAGUGGAAGGCUCUUCUUGAUCAAUGAUUGUAUUUUUUUUGUCCAUAACUGAUUCACAGUGUGUUGCAGGGAGAUCAGAACAGCACACACGUGCAUCCACGCCACAGUUAGCAAAGCAUUUGAUAUUGUUGCUUUUUCUCACACAUUAUGUGCAUAAGUAUGAUUUAUUCAUGUGUUGAAAAUUCGCACAAAGAUGUGCGCUGUGGUGUGCAGCUUGAAAAAUGUAUUGACAGGCCACGAGAGGCCCGAGUGGUGUCAUGUGAUCGUUGCUACGUGAACGGCAGGACUCAGGACGCGGGGACACCCGAGCAAAGGUUCGCUGACGAAAAAUAAAUCAAUAUGUGUCAUGAUUGUUUUUAAUGUUACAUUUCUUUUAGUGUUUCCUGAUUGCUAUUCUCGCUGAUCUUGUCAUGUGUUGUAAAUAGGUGGGAGAAAAAAAAGAAUAUUUUACAGAGCUUUUAUGUAAAUAUACCCUAAAGGAAGUGUCUUUUUUCAAAAUUCCACAAACUCCUCAGAUGAAAAGCUGUACUUUUCUUUUUUUUUCUUUUGUGUUUUAGUCCAACGUUCAGUGAUGGUGUAAUACUGCUUCUUCUAGUUAGGAAAUCCACGCCCUAAAGGCCGUUUCACGCUGUUUCAGUGGAGACUGUAAUCGCGGCGUUAGUGUCCCCCCCCCCCCCCCCUCCCCCAUCUCCCCCAUUAUUUCUCCUCCCUCCCUUGUGGCCCGAUGCCGCUCCAGAGACCUUGAGAUGAUUUUUGAUCGUGCCGCUUUUUGCCACAGAAUGUGGGUUUCCAUCGUGGUGCUGUGAAUUCUGGGACGUGUAGUUUUAGGAUUGUAGUCAACACUGGACAGAAACGUACGUGUGUUAUUACGAAUGUCAGGUGGAUGCUGCAAGUCUGGAGUGACCACAGAAAUACGCGCGCGUGUGUGUGCGUGUGUGCGUGUGCGUGCGUGCGUGCGUGCGUGUGCGUGCGUGCGUGUGUGCGUGCGUGCGUGCGCGUGCGUGCGUGCGUGCGUGUGUGUGUGUGUCUGUGCGCGCGCGCACAUCAGUGAAUGAGCGUCUAGGUCUGUUGAAUGUAUCUUUUUGAAGGUGUGCUCAUUUAGAUAUUUCACAAUAACAAGUAAUACCCAAAAUGAAAGAUUAGAAAUAAAGGUAUUCUGCCAUUUGUUUUGCCUUAAUUUAUUUUUAGCUUAAUUAUCUAUUUAUAUUAGAUAAAAAGUGCAAUAGUGAGUACACCUUUCCGUCUCAUGGUGCAGCUCUGCGGGUCUUAUUCAGUUGUAUGUGAUGACCUCGUGCCAAGAAUGAAUGUCCAAGUGCUGUGAGUGAGUUUCAGAGUGCGCUCUGACAGGUCAGAACUGGUUAAGUAGUUCUCCGCGGUGAUUAAGUCAGCACUCCCCCCCCCCCCGCCACUUCUUACUCUCAUUGUUUUUCCCUUCAUCCCAGACGUCAUAGCAGUGGCUUUGUUUUCUCCCAAUGAGCCCUCGUACCUGCAUAGACCUGUAAACGGAUGGUCCUGCCAUGGGGGGGUCCGGCUGCCUGUUACGAUGCCUGUAAAUAUGGGAGCACAGUGCCUGGAGGCUAUACAAUUUGUACAUGUUCUUUUGUAUUUGAAUAUGAGUCUAAACCCCCCCCCACCCUCCUCUGUCUCCUCCGCCAUGCCUUUGUCCUUUUCCUGUAGGGGUAAAACAGCUGUGCUUGAGCUCAGUGUACAGUGUGUGUCCUCUUUGUCCCCAUGCUCCCGUGUCCCUGGGACCGUCCCUGCUGAGUGUGCUUUGUGCAGGAGGUGGGAACUAUUGAUGUCUCUCUGUACGUACCCGUGGAAGAGUUGUGACUCCUGACAUUUUCCGCUGUAAAUAAACAUGGUAGAAGAAAGCAA